AGGACACCCACUAGGAGGCGCGCGUGCGAGGAACUCUGUGGGUGCAGAGGCGCGAUGGACGGGGAGGCUGGGGGGGCGCCCGAGGUGCACACGUCCCCGGCUCCCAGGGACUUCCACUUCUGCCCCACGGAUCUGUAUGACUCCGAAGGCCGGCUGCGGCUCUUCCCAGAAGAACACACGCGGACGGGAAGACAAGUGCCCGCCGAAAUGACCAGCGAGCCCGGGGGGGCGGCCCCAGGUAAGGCCCAGAGCGACCUGGAGGAGGAGGUGCAGGAGCUUGUGGAUUUGUACGCGCUUGGAGGUGGUGGCGAGUGGGGCGCGGAGCUCGUGGAUGGAAGCGCGCCGCGCGUGGAGGUCUCGGAACCCCGGCUGCACCUGUCCUCGGCGGGGGCGCAGAGGGACUGGCGGCUGGGCGCCGAGGCCGAGGACCCGGGCUGCUUGGGCUGGGGCGCGGCCGGCCGGGACCUGCGGGAAGCCUACAGGUACGCGCACGGCCGGGCCAGCGAGGAGUACGAGUGCUACGUCAUCCCCGAGGAGGAGGACGAGGACGAAGCCGCCCUGGUCUUCUGUGUCACUUGCAAAGCCCCAGUAAGGGCGUGCGAGGUUUCGGAUGCGCACGGAGAGCAUGAGGUGACCCCCCUCAGCAAGGCCCUGGAAAGCGCCAAGGACGAAAUUCACAAAAACAUGUUCAAACUGGAAAAGCAGAUUAUCGAGAUGGAGAAUUUUGCAAAUCACUUGGAGGAGGUUUUCAUCACCGUGGAGGAGAACUUUGGAAGACAGGAACAAAAUUUUGAGUCACAUUUCAAUGAGAUUUUGGAAACACUUGCUCAAAAAUAUGAAGAAAAAAUACAAGCUCUCGGAGAGAAAAAGAAAGCGAAGUUGGAAGCCUUGUAUGGACAACUGGUCAGCUGUGGGGAAAACCUGGAUACCUGUAAGGAACUCAUGGAAACCAUAGAGGAGAUGUGUCACGAAGAGAAGGUCGACUUCAUAAAGGAUGCUGUGGCUAUGGCUGACAGACUGGGAAAAUUCUUGAAUACAGAAACAGACGUGGAAAUCUCUGCGCAGCCUGACUUUGAAGACCAGACCUUGGACUUCUCUGAUGUGGAGCAGCUAAUGGGCUCCAUUAACACCAUCCCAGCUCCUUCUGCUCCAGUGAUAAACCCACAGGCCCCCAACUCGGCCACGGGCUCCUCUGUCCGUGUGUGCUGGAGUUUGUACUCUGACGACACAGUGGAGAGCUAUCUGCUGUCCUACCGGCCGGUGCAGGACGGCUCGCCUGGGAAGGACCAAGCAGAGUUUACAAUGACUGUCAAAGAAACAUAUUGCUCAGUGAGAAAUCUUGUGCCAAACACCCAGUAUGAAUUUUGGGUCACAGCUCAGAACAGGGCCGGCCGCAGCCCCGCCAGUGAGCGUGCAAUGUACAUGACAGCCCCCUCCCCUCCCAUUAUAAAAAGCAAAGAGAUACGGAGCUGCGAAGAGGCUGCACUGAUCUGCUGGGAGUCUGGGAACCUGAACCCCGUGGACUCGUACACGGUGGAGCUGACCCAGGCGGAAAGUCCUGAAGCCUCGGGAGUAACUGAGUCGGUCGUGGGCAUCCCGACUCGCGAGGCCUUGGUGCAGCUGCAGCCCAGGCAGCGCUAUACCAUCUACGUGCGAGCCCUCAGCGUGGGGGGCCCCAGUGCAAGGAGCGACCCCGUGACCGUCUACACCACAGCCUGGGGGUACCUGACUGGUACCAGUGUGAUGUGGGAAGCUGACUCUCUCUCCCCGGCAGUUCCCAGGUGUGUUGCCGUCAUGGGGAAUCUCAUUCCAAUCCGAGGGCGCCAUUACUGGGAGGUGGAGGUGGACGAGAGGUCCCACUACACGGUGGGUGUGGCCUUUGAAGAUGUCCCUAAACAAGAGGACCUGGGAGCCAACUGCCUGUCUUGGUGCAUGAGGCACAGACUUGCAUCAUCACGGCAUAAGUAUGAGUUCCUGCACAACGGGACGACUCCAGAUAUAAGAAUAACUGUCUCCCCGAGGAAGAUCGGCAUUCUGCUAGACUAUGAAAAUUCAAAAUUGUCAUUUUUCAAUGCGGACAUUUCUCAGCAUCUGUACACGUUUAGUUGUCAGCUUCACCAAUUUGUGCAUCCCUGUUUUUCUUUGGAAAAGCCUGGGUGUCUGAAGAUACAUAAUGGCAUUUCAAUGCCAAAGCAUGUCACUUUCUACUAG